GAUAGGCAAAAUUCAAGGAGGGAAAACAUUUUCAUCCGACAACUCUGCUUUUUGAAAUAGGAAACAAAAACCAGAAUCAUCCAUCAUCCUCAACUAGAAGUGGGGAGAAGAGGGAGGAUUCAUCGACGCAGGAAAAAACUUUCGUUCGUGGUCCGGCAGCUCAUCUCCUCCAAUAAAAGCAGAGUUGAGGUGAAAUAGGGUUUUGAAAUUAAAUCGGCGUUGAAAAAUGGCGAAUGGUCAUGGAGAAAGCGACCUGAAGAGGUCGUUUAAGCUGGGUCUGCACGGCCUUCUCACUACUUGCUCCAAAGAGGAGUUCUGCAAAGCGUUUCCAGGAUUUACUAUUGCAGAGAAAGAGCGUCUUCAUCAUCUGUAUAUUCAGGUUAUUGUGUCUUUGCAUAAGAAUAUUGAGGAUGAGUUUGAAGCUUUGUGUGAGGAGACGAAGGUGGAUGACAUUCUUGGUAGCGUAGAGGAACUUGUCGAAGAACAAACCCUGGAUCCUCUAUAUCUAGAUAAGACAAACUUGAAUACUGUUGCACAAGCUUUGUCCACAUUAAAGAAGAAUGAGAUCCGAAACCUUACAACUAUGUUGGAAAAGUCGGAAGCACAUAACAAUUUAUUAAGAAGCCGUGUUGAACUCUUACAGAAGGAAAUACACAAUUCCUCAGAUGCAUCAAAUGCUGUUGAUAAGGUGUCAUAGAAGUGGCAAGAUGGGCAAGCCAAGCCAGACGGGUUGGGUAAUGUCAAAGACAGGAAGGAAUGUGGAAUAACUGAACAAGCAGGAGCUUAUAGGGUGAUCUUAAAUGGCUAGUUUGUGUAGUAUUCAUGACAUGUUUAUGAUUAUAGACACUGGCCCGCUAUUGUUUUGUUGGUUUUUUGUUCGUGUUGUUUGCUUCCACCUAGCGGCUUGCUCUAAAAAACAAGAGUAUUGAACCCUAGUCUUAUUGAGCGAGCUUUCACUCACUCGGUUUACCUAGUUGGAUCACGUCACACAUCUUUUAGUUGAACACCAUUUGAAUUACUA